AUGUCAAAACCUACAGUGGCUGUCAUCGGAAGCGGCUGGGCUGGCUUCGUCUUGUCGCAACAACUGAACGUCGCAAAAUACAAUGUCAAGAUCAUAUCACCCGUCCGAACGAUUCAAUAUACACCACUGCUUGCGAGUGCAGCUUGUGGCCUGUUCAACUUUCGGCUCGCUGAAGAACCCAUCCGUCGACGCAGCAGACCCAAUGUUCAGUACUACAAAGCGAUUGCCGAGAACAUUGAUCUGGAGAAGCGUGUCAUCAAGUGCAAACCCUCUGUAUCAGAGUUCUGGAAAGACCAGGAAUACGAUAUUUUGUACGACAAGAUUGUGAUUGCACCUGGCUGUGCUAUUCAAACCUUUGGCACGCCUGGAGCUACGGAGCAUGCAUUAUUUCUGAGAACCACAAACGAUGCUCGCCUCAUUCAGCAAAGGAUACUGGAAAUUCUUGACGCGGCUUCGUUACCUGGCGUCACCGAGCAACAGCAGAGAGAUAUCCUUACAAUCCGUGUCGUUGGUGGAGGAGCCAUUGGUAUCGAAGCCACAGCAGAACUAUACGAUCUCUGGAACCAAGAUAUGAGACAUCUUUAUCCUCACCUCGACGGCAAGCUCUCCAUCGUCAUCCAUGACGUCGCACCUACCAUCUUGUCAACUUUUGAUGAGAAGCUUGGUGAUUAUGCAACCAAGUCUUUGCACCAGAAGAAGGUAGAACUCAAGACCAGUUCUCACAUUGAGAAGGUAGAGCAGGAUGCCAUAUACACCAAGGAAGAUGGCAGGUUGCCGUAUGGUAUGCUCAUCUGGGCUACCGGUAACAAAGCGAACCCUUUGCUCGACAGUCUGGAUGUCAAAAAGACAGAGAAGGGCAUGCCUCGCAUUUUGACAGAUAAACAUCUGCGUGUCUUGCGUCCCGAUGGUACUCCGAUUGACGGCACAUACGCUUUGGGUGACGCGGCGGAUAUUGAAGGUUACAGCCUUCCGACACUGGCCGAAGCAGCCUUGCAANAAGGCGAGUAUCUCACACAAGAGCUCAACAACGAGGCCGAGGGUGUUGCGGCACAAGCGUUUGAGUACAAGCAGAGAGUACACCUGGCCUACCUAGGCAAGCAUGACGGUGUGAUCGGCGGCAAAGGAGACUGGACGGGCGAGAGCGCGUGGCUGGCAUGGAGAUCGGGUAGUCUGUCGUGGACGAGGAGUUGGAGGAGGAAGAUAAUGAUCUCAAUCAGCUGGAUGUUUGUAUGGCUGGGUGGUCGCGAUAUCGCUAGAAAGUGA